AUGAUUGCCCCAGCACCUAUUGCCGACAUGGUCACAGACCUCAAUCCACAGAGUCCCACCAAGAAUGGAAUUUUUAAUCUUGAAGAGAGUAAUGCUACCGAUCACAUUCCGAUCGAAUUCUCCACUGACGAUGUGGCACCCCCUUCCGAAUCUGACAUUGCCGAUCCCGAUCUGAUUACCGCAAACGGCAAUCCCUCGACACAACACGCAAAAAAUGCCCUCAACCGCCAGUCUCCACCUGAUUCUCUCUCUAGUACUCCUAUCGACGAUCGCAAAAUGGCAGUUGAUAUCUUGAAGGUGAUUGAGAGUUAUGGCGUUGACUACGAGAAGAAUGGCGGUUCCUGGAAGGGGUUGGAGUCGUUCGUUCCUAUCGUCGUCGAACAAGUGAAGCGCCAGGAACCGAUUCGGAUGAUUCUUCCUGCAUUUCCUUUCAAAUCACCAAAUGCGCGAGACAAAGUCCUGGGUACGAUGCCUGACUUUGGCGAGGAACUGGCGCUUUGCCAUCUGAACGGACUGUGUGAGAACAUCGCCCAAGUAUACGAGCCCGGGGCCAAUGUAUAUAUCAGCUCAGACGGCCUCGUGUACAAUGAUAUCCUUGGGGUUCCCGAUGAGACUGUCUGGGACUAUAGCGAGACACUGCGAAAGAUGGCCGUGGAGAAAGACCUCCGCCAUGUGAAGUUUAUUCGCUUGUUCGAGCUCCUUGAGCAUCCUUGGUUCCAGAGCAAUAACCCAGAGACAGCAAAGGCCUUCUACCUAGCACAUGCUAGCUGUCUACGCCGCGAGCUGAUGUAUAUCUUUGGUGACCCCACGUUCAACGCCGAUAAGGCUAUCAAGACUGACAAUGAUACUUGUCUGACGUACCGCGGGUACAUCAAAUUCCUCACCAAAGAUCUCGCACAUCAAGAAGAGACCCAGACCCUUUCCAAGCGUGCGAGACAGACACAAAUCUCCCAGAUCGCGCGCCAGAUGAUCAUUCGCGGGAAGAUGUUUGCUGCCGCCAUCAAAGCCAAUCGAGGCGACUAUGUUCGAUUAUCUAUUCACGAGUCUGCCGGCGAGAAGAAAUUGUCUGUUUCUGUCAUUCCACAGCUUAGGGGAGCCCUUGGAUUUACGCCAUGGCACGCCUCUGUGGCCAUCGGCCUGGAUGGUUCAUACCGAACAGUCCACGCUGAAGAUGUGCGAGAGACACACGACCUGAUUUAUAAGAACGGCCAGCCAUACUUCUUCCGAGAGAAAUCCGAGAUAUUCGAUUGGUCGAAGGAUGGAAUUUCCGUGAAAUUUGAGCAUUUAUAUCCCUGUGGAGUCAUCAUUCGCCCAGCCGACAUUGAUAAUCUGAACCCGCGACCGUCGAUCAGCGCUAUUCCCAUGAAUAAGGCCAGGAGGAUCUCUAAUAGCAUGUCACCGGUGAUUCUACGUGGCUUUGCAGAGACACUUGAAGAAGAUCUUUAUGUCAAAGCCGGAUCUGAACUUGGCACCAUCCUCCCGUGGAGCUUCGGUAUAAUCCAGAAAGUGCGCGAUGCAGGUCGCUCGGAUAAGAUGGGCAACAACGUUACUUCGAAUGAGCCGAUGCCAAUGCAUUUUGAUGGCAUGUUCAAAUUCGAAGAAAUCACCGAUCCAGUCACAGGGGAAACCAAGAAAGUACAGCGCCCACCGGGUUACCAGUUCUUCACCUGUCCAGCGACCGCCCCGAAAGGCAGCGGAUACACUCUGUUCGCUAGCUCGAGGCUGUUCUUUAGGUAUCUCCCGCAGCCCUGGAAUGCAGAGCGCCUGCAAAAUGUCACCUGGGCCAUGGAUAAUAAUGGUUUCUGGGAUGCGAAAAUGAAGAAUCUCCCACUGCUUGUGAAACACCCAGUCUCGGGAUUACCUUGCCUGAGAUGGCAUCAACCGUGGGACUCCACGAAGACCAAGUUUUCCACUUGCGAUGUGAAAGUUGAAAAUGAAGAACCCAGUCUCGUUCAGAUUAUUGAUCGCAUCACGUAUGAUCACAGAGUCUGCCUUCGCUUUGAGUGGGAAAAAGGUGAUCUUCUAAUCAGUGAUAACACUGCCAUGCUCCACACUCGCACAGGGUAUAUAAGUGACUGUGAUCGUGAGUUGUGGCGCAUUCAUUUUGAUUAG